AUGGACGCCUGCGUGGAAAACACGGAUGCGGGCGGAAGUACCGCCGUUGCCACAAACUGCGUCAUUGCCGCUGAUACGGUCGCGCGCGGCGUCGCGCUCGUGCGCCUCGUGAGAGCUCUAUGUUGCACCAGCCCUGUCCAGGACCGAGCCGUCCCCAGUCCCGCCCGCGGGACGUCAGGACGUGCCUAUGUCAGUCACGGCAUCGCACAGGGCACAGGAUACGGCGGCCGCGCGGGCGACGAGGCUUCGCUGGCGAACGCCACCGCGCAGGCGUCGGCGCGGCAGUCCGCGGAGGCCGCGCGGCUCGCCGAGGCCCUCGUGGCCUUGAACCGGCAGCUGAGUGUUGAAUUUGAAACGUCGGUGCUGCAGCUCGACCUGCCGUCGUUCGCGGCGCUGUUCGGCGGCCCGCUCCCGCAGCGCCUCGCGGAGCUCACGCGCGGCAUCGACCUCGCCAACUGGGACGCCGGCGGCGCGCACGAGACGCUGGUGCGCGCCGUGCUGGACCUGGGGGGCCUCCUGGGGUCGCACGAGAGCACGGUGCCGCUGCUGUGGACGCCCGUGGACGCCGGGGCGAUGGCGGCGCGGUACGGACCGCUGACGGCGGGCGACGCCGCCGGCGCGCGCGACGGCGCGACGAUCACGCAGCACAUUGCAGACCUGGCAGCGCAGGCGGACACCAUCGUGCGGCACGCGGAGGGCGACGACCUGGACCAGCUGCUGCACAUCAAGGACACCGCGGAGCAGGCCGGCGAGGCGAUCCGGGCGUCGGCGGCGCUCGGGAAGGCGCAGUGGCUGGACAGCGUAGUGGCGCAGCUGCAGCAGCGGGUGCCGGCGGGUGCGGGGGCGGGUGCGGCGGGCAGUGGCGGCGCGGACGCUGCGCUGGAGUCGACGUACAAGCGGCUGGUGUCGCGGUGGGCGUUUGCGGAGGCGGACCUGGCGGCGCCGGCCAGCGCACACCGCUUCCGUCAGACGGUGGGCGCCGGGGCGGGGUACCCGGCGGCGUGGACGAAGCGCGUGGUGAAGGAGUACAGCGCGAUGCGCGGGCACGACGCGCUGCCGGUGUACUUCGACAGCGCGGUGCUGGUGGCGUGGGACGAGAACAACAUGAGCUUGGCGCGGGCGUGCAUCCUGCCGGCGCCGGGGUCGCCGUACUCGCACGGGGCGUUUGUGUUUGACAUCAGCGUGCCGGCGGACUUCCCCGACCGGCCGCCGAAGGUGCGCCCGCAGUUGAUGUGCUGA